AUGUCGAGUAGCCCAUUUCCGUAUACAUGCGAGCUAUGUGGAGCGGAAGGUUUAACGGACGAUGGUAUGCGUACUCAUACCCUCGAAGCCCACGUGGCUGGUCGCCCAGAUUGCCCUUUCUGUGACUGCAAUGUUCCGCAAACUCAGCUUGUUGGCCAUGUGCAGAGAGCUCAUCUUCAUUACUUGACACCGGAAAGGGAACUGAUGGCGUUUAUUGAUGAUCAAAGUCCUGGUUACGACGAAGAUUCAAAAAUGACUACGACAGAUAGUUGUAGUUACAACACGCCAGGGUCUAUUAACGGCUGGCAUAGUCCUGAUAUGUCAUCAACAUCAUUUCAUAAUGGCGCCAUAUCGAAAAACAUAAACUAUCAUAACGGUUACCAGGACAAAGAUAACUACCAUAAAAGUGAAAGGGACGACAACAGGUGCUCGCGUUCACCUAAAAAUAUUAAUCUAUGUAAUGGACUGAAGAACAUUAAUAUAAGUAAUGGGGUAAUACCGAAAAAAAAUCACAGUAGGGAGAAUUCUAGCGACGGUGAAAUUAUUAGUGGCCAUGAAAGAAAGGGUCAUCAUUGCAGCCCUAGUCAUAAUACUGAUAAUUACGAAGGGUCCCCAAAUAAAAAUAAGUUAUCUAUGGCAAGCGCGGGUCAAGGUUCACCGCUCAGAUCUCAACUUGCGCUAAAACUUAAAACCAAUACUCCUAAAAAAUCUCCACCGACACCUAGUCCAACAGUUCAGUGCUUGUUAUGUGAUUUCACAUCAACAUGUCCCAGAAAAUUAGAAGAACACAUUAAUAGGGCUCAUUUUGACCUCACGUCUCCCUCUGUUCUUUCAAAUGCAAACGCUAAUGCUAAUAUUACUGAAAACAUAACCCUGGGGCUAAGCAACGCUACACUGACCUUAGACAAUCCAACUUUAGCUUUAAGUGCUAUGGCCAUGUCUCCGGGGCCUCAUUCCUCCUCAUUUCAAUGUCCGAUAUGUGAAAGAGAGUUUACCAGCGGUCCAGAAGUGGAAGUGCAUGUCAAUGUUGAGCACAGGGACAUAUUAAGCCCGCAGAAAUCAGAUCAAUUAGACAAUGCAUCAUGUGAUGAUGUGGUUAUGAUGGAAGAGAGCCCUGUCAGUAAUUGUCCAGUGUGCUGCCAACCAUUACCUCUGUCGGAACAUGAAUUGAUUCAGCACAUUGAGGAACAUUUUGAAAAGGGGGAAGAUGGUGGUGCAAAUACCUUAACAGCUGCUGAAAGAGAAGCUCAGAGGAAUAGAGAGGAACAUGAGUUUCAGAUGUUGAGGGCUCAAUAUGGUAUGGAGGAAGAGGAUGAGGAGGGCUACACAAACCGGGCCACUAAUAGCUUGAAGCGUGCUGUGUACAGCGGCGCCUUAUCUGUGGCCGGGUACUACGAACGUAGCGUCGGUCUUCGACGGGCCACUGCUACUGGCAAGGAUACUGGUUCCUCUAGGACUAAUGGAAUUCUUGAAAGGAUAGCUCAAUUAAAUGCUCAGAAUCCAAGUAUAGUGAAGACGUACCUCUGUAGUGCAGUGGAUCACUACGCCAGCACAUACGGAGACAGGGGUUGGGGUUGUGGUUAUAGAAACAUGCAAAUGCUACUUUCGUCGCUAAUAAAGCAUCCUCAGUACGCCCGGCUGCUCGGUGGCGCGGUUGACCGCGACUGUGAGUGCGUGCCUUCAAUACCGCGGUUGCAACUUUUGGUUGAACGCGCUUGGCAACUUGGAUUUGAUACACAGGGUUCAGAGCAAUUGGGCAGCAAGCUUCAUAACACCCGCAAAUGGAUUGGGGCCUGCGAAGUCGUCACAGUUCUCUCAUCGCUAAGGAUAAAAUGUCAGCUGAUAGAUUUCCACAAGCCAACAAGCCCAGACGGCAGCCACCCAGCGCUGUUCGACUGGGUGUUGCGAUAUUUCCAAGAGGAUCCAAAUGCCUUCAAGCCUCCUCUUUAUCUUCAGCAUCAGGGUCAUUCUAGAACAAUAAUAGGAUACGAAAAACACAAGGACGGCAAAGCGACCUUACUAGUCUUAGAUCCAUCUCAUUCACCAGCUCAAGUGCGUGCCGUUGUAUGCGGCGGCUUGGCCAGUGGAGCAGCGUUGCGUUUGUUGCGUCGCGGUGCGUCCGCACUGCGUGCGCGACAGUACCAGCUGCUGUGCGUCACCGGCCUGCUCACGUCCGACAGCGAGUACGAGGCAAGCAAAGUACUCCAGUCGGUACGCAUACCAUAG